GACUAGUAGAGUAUAUUUCAAUUUGCGUGACCAUGUUAUCUUUACUCGGGCCCUAGAUAGUGUUGGUUUCAAUAUUUUCUUGUAUAAAUUUUAACAUCAACUUUCAAUAGCAUGUGGCGGUUUUUUGACGUUCAAAACACAACAAACUUAACCCAACUUUUCAUGUCCGCCUUCCGGAUAUUCAAACAAACAUCCACAAAAAUGACUGAAAAUGCAAAGCCUUUGGUUUUUAACAUAAUUGCAGAAUGUCAGACCACGAAAGCAAGGACUAGCAAAAUGAUUUUGCCCCACGGAGAGGUGGAUACUCCCGUAUUUAUGCCUGUAGGAACCCAAGGUACUUUAAAAGGGAUGCUUCCUGAGCAACUCGAGGAAAUGGGCUUGCAAAUUAUGUUAGCAAAUACGUAUCAUUUAGGAACACGACCAGGGCCAAAAAUACUGGAAAAAGCUGGGGGACUUCAUAAAUUCAUGAACUGGAACCGAAAUCUGCUCACUGAUUCAGGGGGAUUCCAAAUGGUAUCUUUACUGGAACUAGCAGAAAUUACUGAAGAAGGUGUUAAGUUUCAGUCACUAAAUAAAACAAAAGGGGAAGUGAUGUUAACGCCGGAACAUUCCAUUGAAAUACAAAAUGCUAUUGGAGCAGAUAUUAUCAUGCAACUGGAUGAUGUUGUACAAACCACAGUGCCUGAUAAAGAACGGAUUGCGUUGUCAGUAGAGAGCACUAAUAUGCAUUGUAGGACAACAAGAUGGUUGGAUAGAGCUUUGAAAGUACACAAGAAUCCUAAUACACAGAACAUUUUCCCAAUUGUCCAGGGUACAUUGCAUGAAGAUUUGAGAAGGAUAAGUGCAAAAGAUUUAACACAAAGGGUAGUCAAUGGAUAUGCUAUUGGAGGUUUAAGUGGCGGUGAGAGCAAAGAUGAGUUUUGGAAAAUCGUACAUCUAUGCACAGAUCUUCUUCCAAAAGAUAAGCCACGGUAUCUCAUGGGCGUUGGAUUUGCAAUAGACUUAGUCGUUUGUUCUGCUUUGGGAGUGGAUAUGUUCGACUGCGUUUUCCCUACCAGGACAGCUCGUUUUGGUUGUGCCUUGACAAUGACAGGACAGCUCAACUUGAGAAAAGCUCGAUUCGCCAAGGAUUUCCAACCUAUAGACGAAGACUGCACUUGCAACACGUGUAAAAGAUAUACAAGAGCAUUUCUUCAUGGAAUAGUAACAGAAUUGCCUGUGGCUUGCCAUUUGCUCACGGAACACAAUCUGGCAUUCCAACUCAGACUUAUGAAAAGUAUCAGGGAUAGUGUUUGUGAGCAACAGUUUCCUGCAUUCGUCCAGAAGUUUGUUUUUGACUUAUAUCCAGAUAAAAAUUACCCUAGUUGGGUCAAAGAUGCUUUAACAGCUGUUAACAUAAAACUUUUAUGAUAGUAUAUGAACAUGGAACAAGAUGUAUUAGAAUGAGACCUGCCAGAAUUGCAUCAUUUUAUGAAAAGAAUAAAAAAUACUACUUUGGAUAGUGUAUGUAGGAAAAUAUAGGUCAAGUUUUUUAUAUUUAAUGGUAAAAUAUUCGUUUUUGUAAAAUGGUGUAGGUCCCGCAAUUUUUGGAUUGAGGACCAAAAGAUUUUAUUUAUUUAAGAAGUACUAAGUGAAGUAAUUACAGGGCAUUUUUGACUUUAUCAACUUUUUAAUUGUGUAACAAUUUAUUGUAAAUAUUAAAUUAAAGUCUCAAUAUAAAAUGGAAUCAUGAAAAUA